UAUCACCUUUGAGUACACAAAUCGGAACAAUAACAUGGUUGCGCCAGCCACUUUUCGGCAAUUGAGCCUACUGACAGCCGCCGCCCCCCUCGCGCUCGGCCUCAACGCCGUCCUUCGCCCAAAUGCAGCCCUCGAGGUUCUAGGCUACAAAGUACCGCCGACGUCACCAUCGCCAGCGAAGUCAGAGAAAGGCUCCGGCGUGAUGGCUACGCCGCAGCUUGCGGCCCGGCACAUGACCCAAUUAUACGGCGCGCGCAACUUGCUCUUUGCCACGCUUACCAUCCUUGUCGCGCUCUCGCCACGCGACAAUGGCGACAACACAUUGCUGGCAAAGUUCUGGGUCGCAAACUCUACCCUAGCCUUCGUCGAUGGACUCAUCAGCCGAGCCAGGCUCGGUGCAGGGGAGCAGUGGUUUCACUGGGGGUUCAUUCCCCUUGGGCUUGGAUUAAGCUUGGGGCUGUUGGGCUACUGUUGAGGGGGACAAGGACUGUGCAGGUGCUCUGGUAAUGAGAGGGCCGGGGUGCAGAGUUCACGAUGAUUUGGGGGACUUGGCAAGUAAGAACCCGCUUUGUUUAGUGGGAGGAGCAAUGGAGAAAAGGUAUUCCGGCCAUAUGCAUUUCUGCACGAACAAGAGCCACAUCAUUCUUGUCUGGG